CAACGUAAAAUCACAAUGGCCACAUUAUUCGCAAAGGCGUCUUUUGACGUCGCUGCGUAUGUUGCUGCCAGACCUACAUACCCUCAAAAACUAUACGACUUGAUAUACUCUUACCACUCAUCGAAUGGAGGUAAAUUCGAUCAUGCUCUCGAUCUCGGUUGUGGUCCUGGUUUCAUAGCUCUCAAUCUAGCUCAACGAUUCCCUAAAGUUACCGCUCUCGACACAUCUGUCAAAAUGCUUUCAUCAGCAUUACAACCUCCCCCAUCCUUCACUCAAAUCAAUUACCAAGUCUCUUCAGCUGAAUCAAUAUCCACCGCACCAGGUUUAGAAAAAGGUGUAGAUUUGGUGAUAGCUGGUCAAGCGGCACAUUGGUUUGAUCAUUCAAAAGUUUGGAAAGAAUUAUCAAGAGUUGUUAAACCUAAAGGGACAGUAGCUUACAUCGUGAGUAGUCCAUAUUGGUCUCAACCAGGUAGAUCAAUAGUUGAAGGAUUAUUAGAUUCUAUCCCUUUCCCAAUUUACCCUUCUUCCACUUCUUUAUCAAUAGACCUUAAUUCUCUUCCUUCACUUAACGGUGGACAUCCGAUUAAUUCUACCAUACAAGAACCUCUUCCACCCUCUGAGGAAAUCAGAGAUAGUGAUCGUGAUUGGGAUAGUGAUUGGGAUUCCUCAACUGCUUUGAGACUCAAAUCAAGUUCUAAAGGUCCAUGGGCUUUACAGAAAUCUUUUACUUGGGAAAAUUUGGAAGAAUAUCUUCGUAGUUGGUCUUCAUACGCUUCGUACCUUGAUGCACAUCCGGAAGAACGUCAAUUUCGAGGAAAAGGUGCACAAGGGGAUUUAGUGGAUAGACUUCUGGUAAAUCUCAAAACUUCUGUAGGGCAGCAGGGAGAAGCAAAAAACGGUGUAGAAGUAGCUUGGCCUGUGGUUUUAAUGUUGAUUAAAAAGAAAUGA